AACUCGGGCAUAGAAAAUUCCCACGGUUAAGCACCGGUUUGAUUCAGCCACCGGUUUAAUACCACAUUUCUGAUUUCCCUGCCUUUUAAUUUUGACGAGAAGCCUUACGUUCCUGCUUUCCCUCUCUUCUCUAUUUCUCUCUAUCUGCUCUGUUCUCUCCACGGGCAGCUUCGCCGACCGUCUGAUUCCGAUCAAAGAGAAUGAGCGGUCACGAUUCAAAGUACUUCUCCACUACGAAGAAAGGAGAAAUCCCUGAGCUCAAAGAAGAACUCAAUUCUCAGUACAAGGACAAGAGAAAAGAUGCUGUCAAAAAGGUUAUUGCUGCUAUGACUGUUGGGAAAGAUGUUUCUUCACUCUUCACAGAUGUUGUUAACUGCAUGCAAACAGAGAAUUUGGAGUUAAAGAAGCUUGUAUACUUAUAUCUUAUCAAUUAUGCUAAAAGCCAGCCUGAUCUUGCUAUACUUGCCGUAAAUACAUUUGUGAAGGAUUCACAGGACCCAAAUCCUUUAAUUCGUGCUUUGGCUGUGCGGACUAUGGGAUGCAUUCGUGUUGACAAGAUCACCGAGUAUUUGUGUGAUCCCCUCCAACGUUGCCUUAAGGAUGAUGAUCCUUAUGUUCGUAAGACAGCAGCUAUCUGUGUUGCUAAGCUCUAUGACAUAAAUGCCGAGCUUGUGGAAGAUAGGGGUUUUCUAGAUGCUCUUAAGGACUUAAUAUCUGACAACAAUCCUAUGGUUGUUGCAAAUGCUGUUGCGGCUCUUGCAGAAAUUCAAGAAAGCAGUAGCAGACCCAUCUUUGAGAUCACCAGCCAUACACUUUCAAAGCUUCUAACUGCUCUGAAUGAAUGCACUGAGUGGGGUCAAGUUUUUAUACUGGAUGCUCUUUCCAAGUACAAAGCAGCUGAUGCUCGUGAGGCUGAAAAUAUAGUGGAGCGAGUCACUCCGCGAUUACAGCAUGCAAAUUGCGCUGUUGUUCUUUCAGCUGUAAAGAUGAUACUCCAACAGAUGGAACUAAUCACCAGCACUGAUGUAGUGCGGAACCUUUGUAAGAAGAUGGCUCCUCCUCUUGUAACGUUGCUUUCAGCAGAGCCUGAAAUUCAGUAUGUUGCAUUAAGGAACAUAAACCUCAUUGUACAAAAGCGUCCGACAAUCCUUGCACAUGAAAUCAAGGUAUUCUUUUGCAAGUAUAAUGAUCCUAUAUAUGUUAAAAUGGAGAAGUUAGAAAUCAUGAUAAAGCUUGCUUCAGACAGAAACAUAGACCAGGUGCUACUGGAAUUCAAAGAAUAUGCUACUGAAGUGGAUGUUGACUUUGUCAGAAAAGCUGUCCGUGCUAUUGGGCGCUGUGCCAUCAAAUUAGAGAGGGCUGCUGAGCGCUGUAUCAGCGUCUUGCUUGAAUUGAUUAAGAUAAAAGUAAAUUAUGUUGUUCAAGAAGCUAUUAUAGUAAUCAAGGAUAUUUUCAGAAGAUAUCCUAACACCUAUGAGUCCAUAAUUGCUACUCUGUGUGAGAGUUUGGACACUCUGGAUGAGCCAGAGGCAAAGGCAUCAAUGAUCUGGAUUAUCGGUGAGUAUGCUGAAAGAAUUGAUAAUGCAGAUGAGCUCCUUGAAAGCUUUCUAGAGAGUUUCCCGGAGGAACCUCCCCAAGUGCAAUUGCAGUUGCUGACAGCAACAGUCAAACUAUUCCUCAAGAAGCCAACUGAAGGACCACAACAAAUGAUUCAGGUGGUCUUAAAUAAUGCCACUGUGGAGACUGACAACCCAGACUUGCGAGAUCGUGCGUACAUAUAUUGGCGUCUUCUCUCAACUGAUCCUGAGGCAGCAAAAGAUGUUGUGCUAGCUGAAAAGCCUGUGAUUAGUGAUGAUUCAAACCAACUCGAUCCUUCUCUCCUCGACGAACUUCUUUCCAAUAUUGCUACUUUAUCCUCUGUCUAUCAUAAGCCUCCAGAAGCUUUUGUUACUCGUGUGAAGACCACUCAGAGAACUGAGGAGGAGGAGUAUACUGAUGCAGGUGAACAGGGCCUUUCUGAUUCUCCUGCUCGUGUUGCAGAAAGUGGUGCCUCGCCUCCAGCUACUGCAGCUCAUGCUCAGCAUCCUGCAGCAAGACAACCAGCUGCACCUGCAGCUCCUGCAGCCCUGCCUGAUUUACUUGACCUUGGUAUGGAUAACAGCAAUAGUGCUAUUGUGUCGGUUGAUCAGCCUGCAACCCCUGCCGGCCCUCCUUUACCUGUUAUAGUGCCAGCGUCUACUGGUCAAGGUUUACAAAUCAGUGCCCAGCUGAUACGGAGAGAUGGCCAGGUAUUUUACAGCAUGAUGUUCGAGAACAAUACCCAGAUUCCUCUUGAUGGCUUCAUGAUUCAGUUCAAUAAGAAUACAUUUGGUCUUGCUGCCGGUGGACCUCUCCAAGUUCCUCAAUUGCUACCUGGGACAUCUGCAAGCACCCUCUUGCCAAUGGUUCUAUUCCAGAACAUUUCACCUGGCCCUCCAAGUACCCUUUUACAGGUUGCAGUAAAAAAUAAUCAACAACCAGUAUGGUAUUUCAAUGAUAAAAUCUAUUUCCACGUACUUUUCACCGAGGAUGGGAGGAUGGAGCGCUCCACUUUUCUUGAGACUUGGAAGUCACUACCUGAUUCAAAUGAAGUAUCAAAGGACUUCCCCGCAGCUGUUAUAAAUAGUGUUGAAGCAACCCUUGAUCAACUAGCGGUAUCAAACAUGUUCUUUAUCGCUAAGCGCAAACAUGCUAACCAGGAGGUGUUGUAUCUUUCUGCCAAGAUUCCUCGAGGAAUUCCUUUCUUGAUUGAGUUAACAGCAGUUAUUGGAACCCCUGGUGUCAAGUGUGCCGUCAAGACGCCAAGCCCAGAAAUGGCUCCUCUCUUCUUUGAAGCCGUCGAGACUUUGCUAAAGAGUUGAUAUCUUGCUUGUCCUCUCCCUUCUAUUUAUUUCCCUUGUGAUUUUGUUUUGGUUCUCUUCUAUUCGGAUACGUCUUAUUUUGUUGUGAUUAAUUAGCUUGAGUUUCCAGCUUGAACUGUUAAUUCAUGCUCCUAUGUUCAGCUCUUGUUAUUAUAAGGGUUUUUAUUGCACGAAUCUUCAAUCUUCUCAGCUGUAUGGAAUGUAUUUUAGAAUUUUUUUUGUAGCCUCUUUAUAUUUGAUGACA